AUCAGUAUUGAGGAUGUCGUCGGCCGCGGUGCUGCGGCUGCUGCUGUCGGUCUUACUGGGGCUCGCCUCCUCGGCGGCCGGCCGUUUGGCCGCGGUCAUCAAGACAUACGAGAACGACACGAUCCUGCUGCCAUGUCACGUCGAGGAUCUCGGUGUGGAGCCGCGGGUGCGCUGGUGGAAGAAGGUCGAGGAGAACGGUACGGUGACGAACAGACUGUUGGCGGACAGCGGGGAGCCGUUGGCGGUGAUGGCGAGCCCUAGGAUGCGGAUGUGGGGCAACCGGAGCCUCGAGCUUCACGUGAGACCGGAGGACAGCGGGAAGUACGUGUGCCAGGCGCAGAGGCCCGAACCCUGGGGCCACGUCACCCAGGUCCACGAGAUCCAGGUCAUCUAUCCGCCGAGCGUGAAGACGGUGCCGGAGAACGGGCUGCUUGAGGUGACGAUGGGCGAGGAGGCGGAGCUGGCGUGCGAGACCGAGGGCACACCCAAGCCCGUGGUCACUUGGAAAUUCGAGGGCAAGGAGUUGGCGGUGGGCAAGCGGUUGCUCGUCCACGCGGCCAAUCGCAGCCUCGCGGGACUCUACACGUGCCGGGCGAGCAACGGGAUCGGCAAUCCCGCGCGAGCCAGCAUCGAGCUCAGGAUCAAGCACAAGCCCGAGGUGUCGGCGGGGAGGCGGUGGGUGCACAGCGCGCCGGGUAUCAGGGCCCAGCUGGAGUGCCUGGUGGUGUCGUGGCCGGAGGGCCGGUUCGAGUGGUUCUUCAAGGGCAAACCGUUGGGCCGGUCGGCGCACGUGCUGCGCCAGAAGCAGGACGAGCCGGGGACCGGGAAAACGGGAGUUGGGCCGCCAGCCCAGUUGCACAGCUUGAUUUUGGGGAGCCUCGAGCCCGAGGACUUUGGCGUGUACACGUGCAAGGCGAGCAACGAGCUCGGCGAGGCCGAGACCAACGUCGAGCUGUCGGGCUCCCCCAGGCAGCCGAAGCUCAGGAAGGGACCCACCGGCUACAACUUCAUCUGGGAGGUCGACAGCUACAGCCCCAUCUUUGAGUACCAGUUUUGGUUCCGCCAGGUAUACAGUUAUCCACGCAUCGAUUCAUAAGCCCACGCAACUAUAUACUUGUACACCCAUGACACA